AUGGCCACAUCUCAGAACAAAACAACCCCUGACCCAUCUCAGGAUCCGACCCGAAACACAUCUUCCCUUGAUUCAUUCCCUCCCAAAACCACUCCUACUACCAAAGGUAUCCCGGUUAUGAUGAGAGCUCAGACCUGUCAUCCUCUAGAUCCACUAUCUGCCGCUGAAAUAUCAGUAGCUGUCUCAUCUGUUAGGGCAGCCGGGGCAACUCCUGAGGUGAGGGAUAGCAUGCGCUUUGUCGAAGUAGUGUUGGUAGAACCGGCUAAGCAAGUUGUUGCAUUGGCAGAUGCAUAUUUCUUCCCUCCUUUCCAGCCAUCGUUGCUCCCUAGAACCAAAGGAGGAGGACCUUUGAUUCCUGCCAAACUUCCCAAUAGGAAAGCACGGCUAGUUGUUUACAAUAAAAGGUCAAAUGAGACAAGCGUAUGGAUUGUUGAACUUCGAGAAGUUCAUGCAGCAACUCGAGGUGGCCAACACAGAGGCAAAGUCAUUUCUUCUGAAGUUGUACCAAAUGUUCAGCCACCAAUGGACGCUGUAGAGUAUGCUGAAUGUGAAGCUGUUGUGAAGGACUUCCCUCCAUUUCGAGAAGCAAUGAAAAGAAGAGGGAUUGAGGAUAUGGAUCUUGUAAUGGUGGACGCCUGGUGUGUCGGAUAUCAUAGUGAAGCUGAUGCUCCGAACCGCAGGCUAGCUAAACCACUAAUUUUUUGUAGAUGUGAGAGUGAUUGCCCUAUGGAAAACGGCUAUGCCCGUCCUGUUGAAGGAAUCUAUGUACUUGUUGACAUGCAAAAUAUGGUUAUUCUUGAGUUUGAAGACCGUAAACUAAUCCCUCUCCCACCUAUUGAUCCGCUUAGGAAUUAUACUUCUGGUGAAACCCGGGGAGGAGUGGAUAGAAGUGAUGUGAAACCCUUACAGAUUAUUCAGCCCGAAGGUCCAAGCUUUCGUGUCAAUGGCCAUUUCAUUCAAUGGCAGAAGUGGAACUUUCGUAUUGGUUUCACUCCAAGGGAAGGUUUGGUUAUUUAUUCAGUAGCCUAUAUUGAUGGAAGUCAAGGGCGAAGGCCAGUGGCACACAGGUUGAGUUUUGUUGAGAUGGUGGUCCCGUACGGAGAUCCAAACGAUCCUCACUAUAGGAAGAAUGCAUUUGAUGCUGGCGAAGACGGCCUUGGUAAAAAUGCUCAGUCUCUCAAGAAGGGUUGUGAUUGUUUAGGCUAUAUCAAGUACUUUGAUGCUCACUUCACAAACUUUACCGGAGGCGUAGAAACAAUAGAGAAUUGUGUUUGCAUGCAUGAAGAGGAUCAUGGUAUUUUGUGGAAGCAUCAAGAUUGGAGAACGGGUUUGGCUGAAGUUCGGAGGUCUAGAAGGUUGGCAGUGUCGUUUAUAUGCACCGUAGCAAACUAUGAAUAUGGAUUUUUCUGGUACUUUUAUCAGGACGGGAAAAUAGAAUCCGAGGUCAAGAUCACAGGAAUUCUAAGCUUAGGAGUGAUGCAACCAGGUGAAACUCGGAAAUAUGGCACAACUAUUGCACCUGGAUUGUAUGCUCCUGUCCACCAACACUUUUUUGUUGCUCGUAUGAACAUGGCUGUUGAUUGCAAGCCUGGUGAAGCGUUUAAUCAGGUUGUUGAGGUGGAUGUUAAAGUUGAAGAUCCAGGACAGAAUAAUGUUCACCACAAUGCAUUCUAUGCCGAGGAAAAACUGCUUAAAUCAGAAUUGGAAGCAAUGCGUGAUUGCAACCCUUUAUCUGCUCGACAUUGGAUUGUUAGAAACACACGGACUGUAACCCGAACUGGGCAGUUAACAGGUUACAGGCUAGUACCUGGUUCAAAUUGUUUACCUUUAGCUGGUCCGGAAGCCAUGUUUCUACGGAGAGCAGCUUUCUUGAAACACAAUCUUUGGGUGACUCCUUAUGUUCACAAUGAAAUGCAUCCUGGAGGAGAGUUCCCUAAUCAAAAUCCGCGUGUUGGAGAGGGUUUGGCCACUUGGGUUAAGGAAAAUAGAUCAUUGGAAGAAGCUGAUAUAGUUCUUUGGUAUGUAUUUGGAGUGACAUUCAUUCCACGAUUAGAAGACUGGCCUGUUAUGCCGGUUGAACGCAUUGGUUUUACACUUAUGCCACAUGGGUUUUUCAAUUGCUCCCCAGCUAUAGAUGUUCCUCCAAGUUCAGGUGAUUUGGAUGAUAAGGAAAUUGGUAAGCCUAUUCAGAAUGAGCUGAUUGCAAAGCUCUGA